AUGACCACCCUUCCACCCGACUCAUACACUGCCCGACGACUCGAGCAUAGUACACCCGAGCAUCUCCACGCAACAGCACGCCGCGCAUUCAUAGGGCCUAUUCCCGAAGGAUGGCUCAAGAGCCACCGGAAGUCAUGGUACAAGCGUUACGUAUCUGGCGGUAGGACACCAACUUUCACUGCUGCACGUCCAAUAUCCGGAACCGAUGCCCGAGAGCCCGUUGCACCCGAGAGCGACGCAGCAGACUUGCCAAGACCUAGUAGUCAGAGCGCGCAGACCAAUGGUGCAACAGCGGAUACAACAGCGAGUACGACAAGUCUCCUCCACGGUCAACGAGCUGCAGCAGCAAGUGAGAAUGAGACCGCCCCAGAGACCGAAGAUGCAGGACAAAGCCAGACAGACGGCGGGCAUCUGUCGCAACGGGCAAGCAGUCUGCCGCUGCUUGAUCAGGUGGCGAACAAAGUUAGUACCAACGUGCCGCGCAUACGAUUCAGCGAGUCUGCAAAGCACCAGCUGCGGCACAGAGCACAGCGGCUGGCGGCGAGAGGGACCUUUAAGUGGAACAAGCUACGAGAAGGCGAAGUGCUGAAGAUGGACCGCAUGCUGGUGCGGAUGGACAUUACUCAGCAGACGGUGGGCGCAGCAUUCGACGAGCGCAUCAGUGAAGGCGUAGAGACGAAAUCACUAGAUAAAUGGCGGGAAUUCAUGAUCGUGUGCCGCAGACACUCGGAGGAGGAUGCAGAAUCGGUACUGCAACUCUAUCAAACGAGGGUCAUUGCUGCGUCGGCCGCAGACGUCGGUAAGGCAAAGAAGCGGCCAAAGUUCGACGUUCUGCUGAGCCCGCGGCGAGCGCAUGUCGAUUUGUAUUCAAGCUUAGACAAAACGCUGUGUGUCUGGACGACGAAGAACGCAAGGACAACCAUCUACUAUCUCCGACCACAGUCGUCGGCAGCGUCCGUAGAAUGGUACACCUUCUUGCGUGGCAUACUCGGCUGGAAGCGAGCACAGACACUUCAGGUUAAUGUGCCGGAUCUGAGUGUUUGCUUGCGGCUUGAUGAUCCGUUUGGGAUCGUGGAGUCAAGCAAGCUCUUAUCCGAGGCUGCCGAGGGCGAUGACACUGCGCUUCUGCGGGCCGUGAAUCAGGAGCAAGGUGCUGCAGGCGCCAUCAUCGCACGUUGUGUGAAAAUGCUUGAAGCUUCUCCGGAGUGGACGGACGUACUGAAAGCAUGGGCCCAGUACGGUCGAGUCGGCUUGGCAUGGAAACGCUACGAUCGCCUUGAGUGGGUGUACGGCGCCAUCGAGCAGCGCAUGUACGGCACUGUGGCCAUGAACAAAACGCACGAGCUAGAACUUCGACCGAAGGACCACUAUCCGCUCUACACAAAGACACAGGACGGAGAUCGACUAGACGAACCGUUGCCUGUUGAAGGCUUCCUCAUCCGCCUAACGUCGCAAAAGGGACACGAGCGCAGAAUGGGCAAGAUGCUGUACAAGCGCCUGUACUUCACCAGCCAGAAUCAGUACCUAUUGUUCCUUCGACCGGCGCAAGCUACGCCGCCUCCUCCACCGAAGAUGGCAGUACGUGCGAACGGUAAUGUACCAACUACCAAGCAACUUGUGGAUGAAGUACCGCAGAGCUACGAUGUUGAUCCUUAUCCGCUCGAAGGGAGGCACAUCUCGUGGCUAGAUACGGAAGCUGUGAAGUCACGCGCCGACCAAAAGGCGCAUGAUAACGAGGCUGCAGUGGAGGCGGAUCGCAACGUCAACAUGCUGAUGCGCUGCGACGGGUUCAUCGACCUGUGCGAUGUCAAAAGCGUGCGUAAGAUGCAUCGUGGUGCCACGCCCGCCGACGAAAACCUGGAAGAAGGCCCAGAUGUUGAGUUCAACACUGCGGAUGAGUCGCAGGUUGGCACGAACAACAGCCGCACCGACGAUGGAGAUACUACUGAGGUGGACGAUGAUAGAGUCUUCGAGCUCGUACUCAAAAACGGUCUCAUCGUUCGUCUCCAGGCACACGACACGACUGCGCGAAACUUAUGGAUGGUUCGUGUCCGUGCGCUCGUACACUACUGGCAUCACCGUGCAAAGGCAGACAUGGAUCUCUUCAAGUCCGUUCGUGCGCAGAAUCUCACCGCUCUCAACAUCGACGAGCGUGCCGAGGCGCAAGUCGGCAGCUUCGCUUACAAGUGGGAGGUCAGCCAAAGUUAUGCAAGUCCGAUUAUGUACAACAUGUGUGGCAUCGCGCAGUGCCGUGCCAUACACCUAUCUGGCCUGCUUUUCCGGAAGCCUAGGCGCCACACAACCUUCACUCGCUGCCACGUGAUCCUUUCGCACGGCCAUUUACUGAUCUUCCAGGACACGCUCCGUGCUCGCUCCGGCCAAAAGCUCGUCCAUAUCCACCACGAAAGGAUCGCUGCUAUCGACCUUCAAGGCUGCUAUCUCUACUCCGGUCUUUUGACGGCGAAUGACCUCCUGUACCAGAACAAAACCUUCGAUUCAAACGCACCGGGCCACCAUGCUCUUCCCCGCAUCUACUUGGAGGACAACUGGACCAGCACCGAUGAAGAUGCCAUGACCACGUUCGUCAUCUGGCACGCAAAGUCGAAGUCAUGGUUCCGCAGCUCGCAGUUCGUGGAUGACGUGCGUGACCGCGAGGCAGAUUCCGCAAGGCAAGACGGUGAUGCUGCAGGCGCGAAGACGAAGACGAAGCUUACUAGGGUCAGUCAGCUGGGCGCAACGGGAAGGAGCGUGGUUUUCAAGGCCCGCUCGCGUGCUGAGAGGGAUCAUUGGGUGAUGGGCAUACAGGUGGAGAUUGAGCGGUUGGCAGCAAUGGAGAGGGAGCUGGGCACCGAGAGUGUCACACCUGACAGCAACGGAAGCGAGGAGGGCGACACUGGUCUUGUUGGCAUUAGCUAUUACCCAAGUAUCUGGCCAACAGUGAUUGCGCGAAUCAACCAGAGCACAGUGAAGAAGAUGCUAAGCCAGAUGGCUAAUACGGCGCUGGCAGACAUUGACUUGCUUGGCGAAGGCUAG